AUGGAAAGGAAACGGGUGCGAUUACAUAAUUUUAAGCAUACGAAACAAACGUUGUGGAUUCCAUCCCAAUUCGGAAAUCGCGAAGCCAAGCGAACCCUUAGCGGCUAUUUUGAUGAGUCAGCCGCGGCGCACACAAAGCGCGCUGCUCCGCUCGAGCUCUUCAUCUUUCUUGCAUCCAUCUCAUCCUCGAAGAAGUUCUCUAACCCUCUUACGAAGAUGAGAGCCAAGUGGAGAAAGAAGCGCGUCCGCCGUUUAAAGCGUAAGAGGCGAAAGAUGAGGGCGAGAUCCAAAUAAACGUCUUGCCCAUACUCCAUCUCAGUUUCCCAUGACAAUGCUCAAGUUUGAAUACCGAACAUGACGACAAUGAUGGGCGAUGUUACGAUGACGGACGAAAUAUGGUCGGAAUGAUCGUCUGUACCCACUCGAGAUGCCUGCCUGGCGGUUUCCCUGAACUGCGAAUUCGAAGUCCGUUAAUUCAACCUGUUAAAGAUAUUUGUCCGACCUCGCGGGCUUGUUAACGUUUUCGAUAUCUUUUUUUCUUAUUUCCCGCCAGACUGGGUUCUUGAGGGGUCCCACUGUGUGUCCGGUGAGGUUGGAGGGUCAAGUGUUGAGGGAAGGAAUGAGUCGAUCGGAUGUUCUCUUUCUCUUGCAUUUGUCUUUUUUGAGUUUGCCAUGGAAGCUGGUCAAUAUGCUCUUUUUUUGCUUCCGUUUGCAGCCCCUGUCCCGUAUCCCGGAGAGGUCUAUUCUCAAUGGGCUAGGGUAGGGAGUUAGAGCCAUGGAGAGGUGUCUUUCGAGAAUAUACUGAAAAGUUUACCUUGUUACGCUCUGCUCGAUAGCUAUUGCCGAUGAAAUGAUAUAAGUUGUCCAGGG